AGUACCGUUCCAGUCAAAGAGACAGAGAAUACUUCCACUUAAACUCAGGUGUCUCGUGCUUAGUUGACCGUUACACUAAACACUGUGUAGGUACAUCAGAUUCGUGGAAGUUUCUUUUAGGUAAAUAUUGUCUCAGCUGUGGUUGUUUUCCAACUCCCGAAAAUAAACAUGUCCAUCUGCCACUGACGCAUGUCGAUACCGUUUUAUCGAUAGUGGCGAGGUACACAAUGAAAAAAUGAUUUGAUAGCUGGUGUGUCAGACUUUUACAAAGGAAUGUUGGCGGAGAUAUGCGUGGUUUCACACUCGACUGUGCCAGUAAAGUUUGACGCGUCUGAUUAUGCCAGGAAUAGUGUCACAUGUGGAAGAUCAGUACUCAACAUGGACUGGCCUAGUAUACGUAUUCAACCUCAUUGUCGGCACCGGGGCAUUAACUUUACCAGCCGUUUUCAACCGAGCAGGAUGGCUGCUAGGGCUAACUGUCAUCUGCACAUUGGCUUUCAUAAGCUUCAUUACCGUCACAUUCGUGAUAGAAACCAUGGCUUCAGCAAAUGCUAUUAUGCAGUGGAAACGUUUGCAGCAAAUGAAGAGAGUAAGCCAAACCCUUCUGGCUUUGCAAGUGAAUGAGUCACAAGAUGAAGACAGUGAUGAAGAUCAGCCACUGGUCUCCCCAGGAGUCUCCUGGGAAAAGUUUCCAAGCCAGCUGCAGCGGUACUACAUGAUCCAGGAAAAAAUUGAAAUGGGUCAGAUGGCAUCCCUUUUCUUUACAAGAGGUGGACGGACACUGUUUUUCUUGUGCUUUGCCAUUUACCUAUAUGGAGAUCUAUCCAUCUAUGGAACAGCUGUGGCAAAAUCAUUGGCAGAUGUUGCUUGCACAUACCAACCUGCCAACUAUUCAUGCAACAUGACACUACCAGUAAGUGCACUGUGCUGGGAGAAUUCAGAUAUUACAAGAGCAGAUGCCUACAGGAUCUUUCUUGGUGUAUUCAUCUGUACACUGGGCCCUUUUGUAUUUUUCAAUGUGCAGAAAACAAAAUAUCUGCAGAUAUUGACAUCAGUUAUGCGAUGGCUCGGAUUGCACUACAACAUUUUGUGUCUUAACAUUAAAUGUGUGUCACAGUGGAGAAAAAGAGCAGCUUUUGGCUUCAUGACUGUGUAUGCUGCAUACAAACUUAUUGUUGAAGGGCCCAAGGGCCACCCACCAGCUGCUGACCUAUUGGGUGUUCCCAGUUUGUUUGGUGCGUGUGUCUAUUCAUUUAUGUGCCAUCACUCACUGCCUGCUCUAGUCGCGCCAAUAGCAGACAAAUCAAAACUGACACGUUGCUUGGCGCUGGAUUAUUUGCUCAUAACUGUCUUUUAUUUACUGCUCGCCAUGACAGGUGCAUUUGCGUUUCAACAUCUGGAUGACCUCUACACAUUAGACUUUGGACCACGAGGCUCAGGUGACUGUAACUCUGAUGAUGUAGGACUUUUAAUGAAAGUGAUAGAGUACUUCCUCGCCCUUUUCCCUGUUUUUACAUUGAGCACAAGUUUCCCGAUAAUUGCAAUAACGUUGCGCAAUAAUCUGAAGUCACUAUUCCUGACAGAUGGCCGUCACUAUAGGUGGUGCAUUCGUAAAGUUGUUUUCCCUCUCCUCGCUAUAGUUCCUCCUUUUGUUGUAGCGUUUACAACUGAAGACCUGAAAAAAUUGGUAGCUAUCACUGGAUCGUAUGCUGGUGCUGGCAUCCAGUAUUUUAUUCCAGCAGCCCUAGUCUUGGCAGCUAGGAAGAAGACAAUGGAAGUAAUAGGGAUGGGCGUGAAAAAUGACUUUUCUUCGCCAUUUUCAGGCAGAGGCUGGGUAAUAUUUGUCAUUAUUUGGGCCAUUGCCUGUUUGAUUCUGGUGUCUGUAAAUUUUAUUAAAAUUUAUGUAAUGUGACUCAGAUGUAUUUUUAAUUCCCCUGUUAAUGUGUGUGCUAACUAUUACAUUUUAAGUAUUGUGGAACAGUCAUUACCAGGAAAUUUCUUUUAAGUAUGUCAUUUUUCACUCUAUUUACUCUUGUACUCUACAUAUGAAGUGCAGAACCUCUGUAGUUUGAAUGACUUCAACCAUUCCAGUUGUUAUAAUGUUCAUUAUUUUCAUUUAUUGUCCAUGGGCAGUGUAGUGGUUUAUUCAGUGUUUUAAAUGAUUUACUUCGCUCUUUUAAUUAUGGAGAGAACUUUUUAUGGAAUUUUAAGUGUCUGUUUAUUGUGUUUCCUAAGUUUACAUCUGGUGCUACAAUGCAAGCCAUCUUUAAUUGUGUGAGCUUCAUAUUAAUUCUCAGUAUGGUAUAAUGGGGCUGUGGUAGUGAUUAAACAAUCAUAAUACAGAACAGUUUGUUAUGAAGCAAGCAAUGAAGGAAAAGAAAUGAAAAGUAAAACCGGGAUUUACUUUUUAUUUUUUAUUUUAGUGUUGUAGAUGAUGACUUAUUUUCUUUCAGAUGUUUUAUAUGUAUUUAUCUGGAAACAUGUUUGUAUGAGCACUUGAUAAGUUUAGUGUAUAUAGUUAAAUCAUUUUUAUGUAAUGUUGACACUUGAUGACCAUUUGUAUGUUCAUAAAUGAAUCACACACUGAAGAAUGUUUUCCAUGUCAGUAAGAAUAGCAGUGAGGUUCGGUUCACCUGUAUGUUAUUGAGUUUCAACCAGCCAGCCAGCCAGCAGAGCUACAAAAAAGUUUAUUUGAAUAUCGGAGUGCUUUACUACACCUGGCCCUGUUGGAGGUGGUAUGCCAUUGCCUUCCUCUGACCUAACUCACCCAGCCAGUUACAGAUGGACCCACAAUUUAACAUGGAUUUCAAACCACCGUGCAGCUCAUCAUUUUUCACACCAACAAACAUUAAGAGAUGAAAGAAGUGAUAAGUGACAGAUAAAAAUCUUAGGACUGACCAGGAAUUGCAUCUGAAACUUUUGUAUCUGUAGUCUGGCACUUUACCACUGAGCCACCAAGCCAUCUAAAAGAGACCAGUAAAGAAUUAUUAAUAGUGGAUGCCUUAGUCACAUAUGAUAGUCAUUAAAGAUUACACCAUUUUUGAAAUGGUGAUGCCACCUUGAUUUGGAUGACAUAUGCGAAUUUGUAAAAAUCAGAACAACUACAUGGGGAUCUAAAGAUGACAUAUUAGAAUCCUGAAACUGAUGAUGUAAUUUGAAUAUCUAAAAUAAAAGAUGGGAAAGUGGAAAUUCAUCCAGUAUAAAAUUUAGACAAAAAAAAUUUCUCAGUGUUUGGUAGGAGCAUGUGUCUUCUUGUGUAGUAUAGUGCACUAAUGCAGGGAGGUUCAGGACAUUUUUUCCAAAUGAGUGACUUAUAUUUUGGUGCCUCCACCCUCCCUCCUUACCUUUUUUCUCUCCUACACUUUUGCCCUGUCAGUUUUUGCUGCUAAUUGUGGUAUACACUUUAUACAAAUCUUGCACUUAGGCACCCCUCUUAGCUUGGCACCCCAAGAGGCCGCUACUAAUUAUGAUGUGUCAUGUAUAGAAGUCUUACAGAAGCGAUGCUCCUGGUGCCCUCUUCAGCUUGCACCCUAUCUGGCAGCUUGUGUUGCUUUGAUCUAAAAUCGGUCCUUCAUUAAUGAUGUUUCGUUAUUACUGUCUGUAUGUGAAGAACCACAGGGGGAAAGGGACAUGUGAGUGUGUUCUUUUAUUCUUAUUGAGUGUGUGAUAAUUUUUGUACUCUUAAUUAAUACGGCUUUGUGACUUACUUUUCAGUGAGUGGUCAUGUACUCACUGUGUUGCCUGAUUUUGGUUUUGCAGUUACACUGCCCUCCACCACUGCAAUUUGUCAAUCACAAAGUAAUUUUAAUGGGAAUAUAGUAUCAUAAAGAUGAUGAUAAACCUCCAGGUGUGUGUUUCACUUAUGAAUUAAAAAGUAAUUGUUAUUCUUUUACAACCAUCUAUAUUGUUUUGUAGGGCAAACCUAUAUUAGUUAGACAUCUUCAGCCGUAAUAUAUUCUGUUCAUACAGCAAACAGAGAGAUAUUUGCAUGCAUAUUUUUAAAGAAAAAGUUGUGAAAUGGAGACUUGGAGAAUGAGACAGCUAGAAUAUAUAUAUUUGUUGAGAAAGUGAUAUUGUAUCCAAGGCUGAAAAAAGUAAACAUUCUCAAGGCAAUUAUGUUCAUUGCCACAUCAUAUAAUUGAAAGAUAGUGGUAAGGAAUCCAUGUGAUGUUUAGUAAAAUAUAUGUGCUGUUUGGAAUUGAAUAUAAAGAUUGCAAUAUCUGGGGACAUAAAUUGUAAUGUUCCGAUCAUGGAAUGAAUCACAUGGGAUAAUGUAUUUUGCUAUGGCUGCUUAUAGUUACUGAUGUUUUGUGGGGUUGACUCAUGGUAUCAGCUCUUAAUGUCACAUUACAAUUGAUGUAGAGGCUGUUACAAAUGGAGUGCUAGUUCAGUCGAACAGUCAUGGAAAAAAUUAAUUAGUCAUUGUCUCAUUGCAACUACUCUAGGAUUUAAACAGAUUAAAUUGUGUGCUGGACUAGGACUCCAAUCCUGGGACCUAACCUUAUGCAGACAAUGCUCUUUGACCUGCUGAGCUAUCAUGCAUUAUCCCAGUUUUAUUUCUGCUGCAAGGAUAGGUUUUGUCUUGAUUACUCAGUUGGUAAAAGCAUUGGACGUGAAAUGCAAGAUUCUAGGUUAGAGUCCCUGCCACACAAUUUCAAUCUGCUCUGAAGUUUCCAAACAGUGCACUCUUCACUGCAGAGUGCAAGAUUCAUUCUACUUCAGUAUUUGUAAAAUCAUGGAAAACUUAAAAAUUGGAAUGACUGGAUGAGGAUUUUACAUAUUAUGUUAUUGUCGAGCGUACUAUCUUACUAUUCCAUCAUGUUGAGUAAUUUUCCUGCAGAGCAGUUGCAAUGGAAACAUUUUUCGCAGUGAUACCAUGCCAAAAUCCAGUUGACUGUCAUUGUAAUUAUUGCCAUUUAAUGGCUGUAUGGAGAGAAAUAAAGAGGCAGGGUGGGGAAAGCAUCUAGAGAAACAGAUGGUAGCAGACCUGUAUAUCUACAAGACAAAUGUACUGUAAUCAGGGGACACUGGAUUUGGCACCCAGGUGACAUGCUUUACUAGGGAGCUGAUGAUGGCAAUCACAAAAUUCUUUCAUCCAGAAAUUUUAUUUUGUAACACUGAUGUAGGUGUCCACAUAAAAUUGUAUUUUGACUGCUGUAAUUUCAUUCACACCCACAGAAACCUUCCUGGCAGAAUGCUGUUCUAUUUAGUUGGAUUUCUUUCACCCAAAAAUUUAAAAGUCAAUUACUCUCGCUUAUCAGUGUCUCAAUGAAUUUGUAUGUGCCACAUAGCAACACAUUGUUUGUGUGUGUUGGUCAUUUAGUUAUGAGAACUACUAUUUCAGGAAUCACUGUUCAAAUAAGUGCAACACUUGUGAUAUAUUGUGCAUUUAGUGAUUAUUUUAUUGAUUGUGGACAUUAGUGGUUUAACAGGCUGUCAAGGCAUCUCUCUUCAGAGUAAAACCCUGUAGCUUUAUUACUUUUGAUGAGUAUAAUUAUGCAUGAUUUAAAGCGAAAUUUGUGUGGAAAGGGUUAGAGGUUCCAGUAAAAGCUUCCCUUCAUAAGUCAAAUGAAAACCAUUUUAAUCUUUUUUUUGUAUUUGGGACUGUGUUUUCUUCUAAGUAUGAUAUUUCUUAACAUUGCCGGUUGUGAACCUUGUAUAGUUUGCGUAUUUUGUUUUUAUGUUUAUAAUUAUCUUCCCACACAUAAUUUACUUUGUUAAAAUGUGUAAUAAAUGUAUAUAGCAACCUUUUUCUUGCUUCUGCAGGUAAGAUGUAAAUGUAUAAUAAUUGCGUUAUAUAGUCAUACUAUAUGGAAAUCUUGGAAAGUUGUAAAGAACUAGUGUGUACUGAAUAUAACAGAUUAUUUUAGAUUUUCUGAAAAAAUAUUAGAUGUCAGGACAUACCAGCUGUUAACAAAAAUUCUAAUAUGUUGCGUGAAGCCAUUCAUUGUACUGAAUUUAUCAUUGCUACUUUGCAACAUUUCUUCAGUAAUGGAAUAUAUUUGAUUACUCAUGUAUAUAAUAAUUAAUAUUGUCAUUGUUCUUCCAGUAAUUCAUGCAAUGUUGCAACUGUAAUAUUGAUGUAACAGGACAGUGUUUGACAUAGGCACAGGCAGAAUAGGUCAGGCGCAGACUAAUAGCAUUCAGAAAGAAGCAAAAGGAAAGCUGUAGGUUUCUGCAACCUUCUGCAUAUGCCAGUUCUUUCAAACUGCUGUUUAUAGGUUAUAGAAAGUGACAUGCCACCAUAUUUACAUUAUAUUGACUGUAUCCAUUGAAAUAUGGAAUAUCUUAUGUAUUGUUGUAUUUCUCACGUUCUUCCUAAAGUUUGCUAUUUUGUAUGUAACGUGACUCACACUCAUUCAGGUACAUUAUCUGUGUGUUGAGGUCCAUUCUGACAAAUUGUAGGUAUUCUUAAUUGACCAGAUUAUAUUAAUGUACAUUGAUCCUUACUUUUAAUUUUUUGAGACUGUUAAUUGUAAUUGCUUUAGUGCGAUACAUAAGAGUUAAUUACACAAAAUGAACUAACAGCUAGAGAUUAUCAGCAUUUCGUAAAACAAUAUUGUGAGUUCCACAAUGCAGUUUAAUACUCUAUUUUUGUUUAUGAACGAUAAAUUGAGUAAAACAAACCAAAUACCCCCCCCCCCCCCCACACACACACACACAGAGAGAGAGAGAGAGAGAGAGAGAGAGAGAGAGAGAGAGGUGCAUUGGUCCAGUCUUGGCUACAGCAAAGAGACAGCCUAGUUCUGUGAACAAUACACAUCUAUUGUGCAUUCUUAAGCUGGUCACGAGUGUAACUCAUUUUUACCUUCUGAAACUCCAACUCUUAUCAUAAGGAACAAAAUGAUCACUGUUUAUGUGAGAAGUUUUGUUUGCCAUUAUAUUUUUGCAUAUUCAUAUACAGCUCAAAAUUUAUUAUCUUUUGGCAUAUAUAGUUCCAAAUUGAGCUUGUGAAUAAAUCUUACUUUUAUAGUUUGUGUGUAACAGUUUACUUGGUUUAUGUGUGGUUUCUAUAAUGGUGCCCCAGGGUGUUCUGAUAGAGGCAACUAUCUUCACACUAUUUGUCGAUGGACUAUGAAUUUUACAUCUGUGAAGUAAAACUGAUUGUGUUUUUAAUUUGUCGUUAGUAAAUUUUGUGUCAACCACAAUUGUUACAAAAUAUGAAUAUAUGCAGAAAUGAGUAUUUGCAGCAUCUAUCCUGAAUUUAUAAUGUAUAAUUGUGUAAAGUGUACAGAAAUUGAAAAUUGUAAAGUACUAUGUUGGCAGAGUUUUAUUUGCCUUUUUCCAGAACUUGUUUGUUUAUGAGAAUCAUAACAUAAUUCAUUCUGGAAAAAAAUGUUUUUUCACAGCUAUAUUUCAUACCUAAAAAGAAAUAUUUUUGUAAGAGUAAUUUGUAUCAUAAAAUGUACUUAAAUUUGCUACUACAUUUAUACAGUAUGUUCUGGGUACCCAUCCCCAGAAAUUAUUUUACUCAAUUAUUUAUUUAUUUGUACUGCUGCAAAGCAGUAUUAAAUUAAAAUAAAUAAAAGGUUUAACAAUUGAA